UCACUAGCCAGUGUUUUUAUUGCUCUCCUUCACUUCUUCACUUCAGCUCAGCUUUGCUCUCUCCUCCUUCACUCCUCCACACUGAAAUCUCACUGCCAUUGCCAAUGGCGGCUCGCCACCUCCUCCUCCCGGUGCUCCUCCUCGCCGCCGCCUCCGCGGUGACCUCCCAGUCGUCUCCGGCCGGCGCGCCCAGCUCCGGCGCGGCGCACUCACCGGCCGCCUCCGCACCUUCGUCUUCUUCCAAGAACCGCCACCGCCACAUCUCCACCUCCCCCGCCGCGUCCCCGUCCCACUCCGGCAACAAGCUCACCUCCCCGGCGACCUCCCCGGCGCCGACGACGUCGCCUCCGCCCGCCGCGGCCACCUCCCCGUCGCCCGCAUUGCCGCCUCCCGCCGCCGCGCCGGCGCCGACGACGGUGUCGCCGUCUCCCCCGGCGCCGGCCCCGGUGCUCGGCGCGCCGCCGCCCACAUUGCCCCCGCCGGUGGCCGCGCCGCCGGUAGCGCUCGCCCCGGCGCCGGCAUUGUCGUCGUCGCCGCCGCCGACACCGGCGCCCCUCGCGCCGGCUCCCGUCAUCGCCGCGGCGCCCGCGCCGUCCGACGACGUCCCGGCGCCCGCGCCGGCGACCAAGAAGCCGAAGAAGAAGCGCAUCUCCCCGGCAGGCUCCCCCCUCGCCGCCGCCUCGCCGGCGACCACCGCCGCCUUCGCCCCCGGCCCCGGCCCCUCCGCCGCCGAUAUGUCGAGCGACGCGGCGCGAGGGUACAGCGCGGUGGGAGGAGGCGCGGCCCUGCUGCUGAUGCUGCUGCUGUGGCUGACGGUGGGCCCGGCCUUCGUCUGAGCCGGUGGGGGCCACCUGUCAGAGAGCCACUGCCGCUGUUACUGUCACAGUGUCACUACCGAUCAUUGCUUCUGUAGAGAGAGAGAGAGAGAGGUGUAGAGUUUGAGAGAGACGCUUUGAUAGUGUCAGUAUUAUUAGUGCAACUGCUGCGGCUACUUUUGCCUGAGCUUGUAUGCUAGUAGUAUUAAUACUUGCUACAGUAGUAUUGUGUUUUGGAGUAUUACCUGCAUUGAUCUGCAGCACAUUGUUUACCUAUCCAUAUGAUGAUGAUUAGUAGUACCACUAUUGCUUAUCAAUGAUCCACAUUCUGCUGCAA